CCGUUAGUUAGUAUAGCUAGGUAACUAGCCAGCUAUGAAUGAAGUCUCAGCCAAGAAACCAGGCAGUUGUCAAAAAUAUUAGCUAUCCCACCAGCUCUUGAAGCUAGCUCGCCAGUUACCAUAGCGAUCUAACUUGUAGCUAGUCUUGGAUAUAUCCUAGCUAUGAUUAUGUCUGUAUGAUUGGUCACCGUUUACAAUAAAAUGUUACCUUCAAUUUUGUCUGGCAAAGGCACCACGCAAGUUAGCAAUUUAACGCAAUUGCUGGCUAAUUAUGUCUGAUAGACUGAGUUUUAACAGCAGAUGUAAGGAAAUUGUCAUAUAAUUCUACCUAUCUUUGACUUCGUGAAUGAAUAUCAAUCAUCUUUGUUGCUAGAGAUUGAUCCUCAGCCUGUAAGCCAGCUAAGACCGAGGUACACUACAUGACCAAACGUAUGUGGACACCUGGUCUUUGAACAACAUAUCAUUUCAAAGGCAUGGGCAUUAAUAUGGAGUUGGUCCCCCGCACUUUGCUGCUAUAACAGCCUCCACUCUUCUGGGAAGGCUUUCCACUAGAUUCUUGAAACAUUGCUGUAGCGAUUUGCUUCCAUUCAGCCACACGAGCAUUAGUGAGGUCGGGCACUGAUGUUGAGUGAUUAGGCCUGGCUCGCAGUCAGCGAUCCAAUUCAUCCCAAAGGUGUUCGAUGGGGUUUAGGUUAGGGCUCUGUGCAGGCCAGUUAAGUUCUUCCACACAGAUCUUGACCAGCCAUUUCUGUAUAGACUUUGCUCUGUGCACAGGGGCAUUGUAAUGCUGAAUCAUGAAAUGGCCUUUCCCAAACUGUUUCCAGAAUGUUGGAAGCACAGAAUCGUCUUAAAUGUCAAUGUAUGCUGUAGUGUUAAGAUUUCCCUUCACUUGAACUAAGGGGCCUAGCCCAAACCAUGAAAAACAGCCCCAGACCAUUAUUCUUCCUCCACCAAACUUUACAGUUAGCACUAUGCAUUCGGGCAGGUAGCGUUCUCUUGGCAUCCGCCAAACCCAGAUUCGUACUUCGGACUGCCAGAUUGGGAAGUGUGGUUCAUCACUACAGAACGCGUUUCCACUGCUCCAGAGUCCAAUGGCAAAGAGCUUUACAACACUCCAGCCAACACUUGGCAUUGCGCAUGUUGAGCUUAGGCUUGUGUGCGCGACUGCUCGGCCAUGGAAACCCAUUUCAUGAAGCUCCCGACGGACGGUUCUUGUGCUGUUGUUGCUUCCAGAGGCAGUUUGGAACUUUGUAAUAAUCGAUCAUGGCUACUACUGAGAAUGCAGAGACGGGUUUACCAGAAAACAAAGGAGAACAUCAUGGGAUUGCUCACCCGAACACAAAACACCCAACCAAAGUCCAGUACUGUGGAGUGUGCUCCUUGCCAACAGAGUAUUGUGAGUACAUGCCUGAGCCAGCCAAAUGCAGGCAGUGGCUGGAGAAGAACUUCCCAGAUUUGUUUGCCAGAAUGAGUGUAGGUCCGGUAGGAAAUGCUCCCAAGCAGGACACCGGCUGUGAAGAGGCGCCACUUGUUGGAGAGGAGGAGGAGAGGAAGAAGCAGAAGAGAGGUGGCAGAGGACAGAUCAAACAGAAAAAGAAGACUGUGCCUCAGAAAAUAACAAUAGCUAAAAUCCCCCGCGCCAAGAAGAAAUACGUCACACGGGUCUGUGGAAUGAACACAUUUGACAUUGACCUUAAAGAGGCUCAGAGAUUCUUUGCUCAGAAGUUCUCCUGCGGCGCCUCUGUGACGGCGGAGGAUGAAAUCAUCAUUCAGGGAGAUUUUACAGAUGACAUCAUCGAUGUCAUUCAGGAGAAGUGGCCUGAGGUGGAUGACGACAGUAUUGAUGAUCUUGGAGAAGUCAAGAAGUGAAGACCCGACGUGUGCUUUUAGUGAGAAUGGAUGUGACCUGUAACAACAACAAUAACCUGGCCAAAUGUACACAUUAACAUUAAAAAAGGAGUCGUUUUAUAUCUAUUUUAUUUACUGUAUAGAAACUGUGGACUCGGCCACCCCACUUGACAUUUUUCAGUUUUUGAUAGCUGCUCUCUUGUUUGCCAAAGGUCUGGUCUGAUGAUCUGAAUCCUUCCAAAACGCUUUUCACUCGGCAAGCUUGUAGGGUAAUAAAUGUCGGUCUCAA